AUGGAGCUGCUCACGGCCCAGGCCAAUCAGAGCCAUGUGUUGGACGGCACAUCACCAUGCACGCCGCGUGGACUCGACGCAGGAAAGCGAUAUGAUCUCCGCAGCCGGCUUUCGCAGGCUGAGGUGCAAGGGCCCCGGCCCACGCACUAUUGGCUGUGCGGUGUGGAGUUGGCGCCAUGUAGCCAUCUAGAUCGAGCACCCGAACUCCUCCCGAACACCUGCGCGCAGUGGGUGACGGGGUCCACUGGGGGACCAUCGGCGGGUCAACAGGAGUUACGAGCUAGGACUAGGAGUAAGAUGGAGGACAGGGUGGGUGCAGUGAAAAAAUUCUGCAUCUUGCAGCUCUGGGAUUGCAGUGGAGAGGCGUGCACGGCCGGCAGCUCUCGCGGAUGCCCUCACAUUGCGGCCAUCGGCUUCCGACUGACGAGCAUGCCAGUGUUGCCUGAUGGCCAGCGGGCGUCGAGAGAUGUCGUCUCGGGAAACGCCAACGUCAAGCAAAGCGCCUCUCGGGGCCGCGUCGAUCUUCCGCUAGGACUACGAUGCGGUGUGAACCAUGAUCGGUUGUCUAAUGAAGGGCUUUUCCGGUGCUAG